AUGUAAAUUAACAUGGAGUUUCUUUGUUUUGAACAAAAUGAAAAAAUUAGUAAAGUCUUAAGACAUUAUUUAGUUGACGAAUUAGCAGCCAAGCAUAAUCAUCAAGAAAUUAUAGAUUUUUGUGAUCGUCAGAUUUUUCUUAUCGAAUUUGCAUAGAGUAGUUCAUCAGAAAAUUCAAGUAAUCUGCUUUGAGUUAUUCAUUAGCUCAAAUUUUAGAUGAUUCCCAAGAGUUGAAUAAACCUUUGGAUUAAUCCAGUGGAAGUUUUCUCCUUUCAAGAGUUGAUUCCUAUGGAAAAAAAUAUUAGAUAGAAUAUGCUUAUGACUUUUAUUAUAAAAAAAAAAGUAAAAUCUCAAUUUAAAUAGUUAAAAGCUUACAAAUUUUAUAAAGAUAUGAAGAGAUUAUUGAAUGCUGCGAACGAUUAUUAAUUUUAUGCUAAGAAACCAAUUAAGAAGGAUAUUGCCAACAUGAAAAAGGUUAAAAUUUAUUUAAUGAUUAGCCAAAGCGUUAUCAAAUUAAACAAAAAAGAAUGAGUUUAUUUAAAAGAUGGGUUUAGACAAAUAAGAAAACAAGCAUAAUUUUAAUUACUACAAAUAAAUUGGUAUAGACAAUUUGAAAAAUUAUUAGUGAAGGAUCUAAAGAGUUAGGGUUUAAUAGAAGAAGCAAUAGCCUGUUGGGAAUAUGGAAUGUAAAACAAUUAAUUUUCAGAAAAAUUCUCUCAUAAAAAAUGUUGUAUAGUUUAAUAAAUUUAGAAAAGCUUUUAAAUAAAAUUGAAAAAAAAAAUGAAGCCAAAGAAUGCUAAAAGCAAUUAGAGGAUCUUUGCUUAAGCUGA